GAGAGAGAGAGAGAGAGACAGGAGCAAAGAAUAAAGCAGGAGACAGUCAUACAAGACAAGUUUAGAGGAAACACCUGGAACGAUAGAUUGGGGAGGUGACACUAUCACGUAAGAGAGGACAAACCUUACCCUUCUUUCAUCCGAGUCUUCCUGUUGUGGAGGAUGAGUGCUGUCUUUGCUAAACUGGACCCCAGGAGAAUUGAGUGGGAGUCGUCCUGGUAUGGACUCCACUCACGAAUCCUGCGCACUAAACCUGUGGACUCCAUGCUGGAGGGCCCAGAUGACCUGCAUGGCACCAGACUUGCCCGUGUGCUCACUACAGUGGAUCUGGUGUCACUUGGGGUGGGCAGCUGCGUGGGCACUGGCAUGUAUGUGGUUGCCGGGCUUGUUGCUAAGGAAAUGGCAGGACCUGGAGUGAUCUUGUCCUUCAUCAUUGCAGCUGUGGCGUCCAUUCUGUCAGGGGUCUGCUAUGCUGAGUUUGGAGUGAGAGUGCCCAAGACAACAGGCUCUGCUUACACGUACAGUUAUGUCACAGUGGGAGAAUUUGUGGCCUUUUUCAUUGGUUGGAAUCUCAUCUUGGAGUAUCUGAUUGGUACAGCUGCGGGGGCCAGUGCACUGAGCAGCAUGUUUGACUCUUUAGCCAAUCACACCAUCAGCCGCUACAUGAUCAACCAUAUUGGAACGUUGAAUGGCCUGGGUAAAGGAGAAGAAUCUUAUCCAGACCUGUUGGCUCUGGUGAUCGCUAUGUUGGUGACGGUGAUUGUGGGUUUAGGGGUAAAAAACUCUGUGAGCCUCAAUAAUGUGCUGAAUGUUAUUAACUUGAUCGUGUGGGUCUUCAUGGUGAUUGCCGGACUGUUUUUCCUUUCUGGAGCCAACUGGGAGGAUGGGAGGUUUCUUCCCUAUGGCUGGUCAGGGGUCAUGCAAGGAGCUGCAACCUGUUUCUACGCCUUCAUUGGCUUUGAUAUUAUCGCCACCACUGGAGAAGAAGCCAAGAGCCCAGACACUUCCAUUCCAUAUGCCAUAACGGCCUCUCUCGUCACCUGUCUCACGGCGUACGUCUCUGUGAGUGUGAUUCUGACAUUGUUGGUGCCAUUUAACCUGAUUGAUGGAGAUGCUCCGCUCAUGGAAAUGUUUGCCGAUCAUGGCUUCCUGGCAGGGAAGUAUAUCGUAGCCAUGGGUGCUGUUGCAGGACUCACCGUCAGCCUGCUGGGAUCUCUGUUCCCGAUGCCCAGAGUCAUCUAUGCCAUGGCGGGAGAUGGUCUGCUCUUCAGGUUCCUGUCCUUUGUGAGUCCCCACACAGAGACCCCCGUGGUGGCCUGUGCUGUAUCGGGGUCUCUGGCUGCUCUUUUGGCUCUCCUGGUGAGUCUGAGAGACCUGAUCGAGAUGAUGUCCAUCGGCACGCUGCUGGCCUACACGCUGGUGUCGGUGUGUGUGCUGCUUCUGCGAUAUCAGCCCGAUAAAGACAGCUUCACCAGUUUCCUCACAGAACAGGAAGAGGAGGAACGGAAGAGAAAAGAGGAAUUAAUGGCGGCUAGUGAGAAGGACAUGAACUCACCUUGUGGAGAAGGGUAUGCCGACAACCCCUGUGGGGCCAAGAACCUUCCCUCCAAAGGAGACGACGAAACACUGAUUGAAAAGUCGGAUUCUGGGGGGUACCAGUCGGAUAGUUCUGGCUUCGGCGUUGGAGAGAAUGGCAUCGAGGCGGACGACUCCGGUAGUCUCUUGAAACGCGUAUUGGGGUCUCAGUAUUACACUAUGCGGAUGCGUUUGGGCCUGCCGAAUGUGGGCGAUAGGCCCACUCCUGCAACAGGACGUACUGUUACUUCCUGCGUUCUCCUUUUCUUCAUCCUGACCUUCUUUCUAUGGAUGCUCGUCAUCUACGGCUUCGACCGGGUUUCAGGAGGAGCCCGCUGGGCAAUAUUGCCUUUCAUUAUUACUAUAAUUAUCCUCAUGGUUACAUUGGUUGUUAUUAUUCUUCGACAACCUGAGAACCCUAAAAAGCUGCCUUACAUGGCGCCCUGUGUGCCCUUUGUGCCCACAGCUGCCAUGCUGGUGAACAUAUACCUCAUGCUCAAACUAUCCACCAUCACCUGGGUGCGCUUUGUGGUGUGGUGCUCACUAGGUGUGCUGAUCUAUUUUAGCUAUGGGAUGUGGAACAGCUCACUGGAACUCAGCGCUAGAGAGGAAGCGGCUCACGCCAGCUCCUACCAGAGGUACGACACGGAGGUCGACGACAGCUUCAAUGUUGAUGAAGACCUCCCUCCUCAGGAGGACGAAGAGGGGGGACAGUACCAGGGCUGGGCAGCCGAGGAGCGUGGCUAUCAGUACCAGCAGCAGGAAGAUGAACAGAGACCAUCCAACAACAGUCAUAAUUACAGAAGUAAAGGCAGGACCAAUAAAGGCUUUGAGGAGCUGGUCAAUGAAGAGUAUUCACCGGAGUGAGCAAUAUAGACUAAACCGUUGUCGCAGUUGAGGUUGGAUUUGGGUGACCAUGAUUUUUCCAAAUGGAAUAUGUUCCUGGAUCAUUGAAAUUACUGACAAAAAUGCGAAAAGUGUUUAUAAAUAAAUAAUAAAUAAACAU